CUUUUCCCCCAAACUCUCCAAAUCCGAAACAAACGAGCCCUAAUUUCUCUCUCUGAUUAAAGCCAACACGCCAACUGAAGAAUCCACCAUUCCAAAGCUGUCGAGGACGACGACUGGAGAGGGAGUGUGAGCGGCCAUGGACGCGCUGAGGAAGCAGCUCGACCAGCUCAUGGGCGCCAACCGAAACGGCGACGUCCGGGAGGUCAACCGCAAGUAUUACGAUCGUGAUGUGUGUCGCCUCUACUUGGUCGGCCUCUGCCCCCACGAGCUUUUCCAGUUAACGAAAAUGGAUAUGGGUCCGUGCCCUAAGGUCCACUCUUUGCAGCUCAGGAAAGAAUACGAAGAAGUGAAAGCGAACGGGACUGAUAACUAUGACAGAGACCUGGAGGAUGUCAUAGAUAGGCUCAUUGUUGAGUGUGAUAGGAAAAUUACUAGAGCUCUUAAGCGCCUCGAGGAUGACGAUGCCAAGGCUGCUAUUGCCAUUUCUGUCUCUGAGGUUACUCAGACACCAGAGAUACUUGAGUUAUCAAAGCAGAUCAAGGAGAAGUUGAAAGAAGUUGAUCAAUAUGAUCUUGAAGGCAAGACAGAUCUUAAGAUUCGGGCUCUGGAGAUUGUAGAAGAACUCAGAGGCAAUAGAGCAGAUAAACAGUCCACAUUACUUUUGGACGCUUUCAAUAAGGAUCGGGCAGCUUUACCCCAACCCCUACCAAAUCCACCUCCUUUGGCACCAUUGCCUGUAGUUGUUCCUGAUGCUCGAACACAGGAAAUGAUAAAUGAAAAGUUGAAGAAGGCAGAGGACCUUGGUGAGCAAGGUAUGGUUGAUGAGGCACAAAAAGCACUGGAAGAGGCUGAAGCGCUGAAGAAGCUGCCUGCGAGACAAGAGCCUAUCCUGGAUUCCUCCAAGUACACUGCUGCUGAUGUGCGAAUUACUGAUCAAAAGCUACGCGUGUGUGAUAUCUGUGGAGCUUUUUUGAGCGUUUAUGACAGUGACCGUCGGCUAGCUGAUCACUUUGGCGGGAAGCUUCAUUUAGGCUAUAUGCAAAUCCGUGAGAAGUUAGCAGAGCUGCAGGAAGAGAGAAACAAGAGUCGUAAGGUCGAUAGGACUGAUGAUAGGAGAUCAAAGGAGCGAAGUAAGGAACGUGACAAGGAAUCAAGUAGGGAUAGAGAACGCGGAGCUAGCCGCGACCGGGGUAGGGAUCAUGAUCGUAGGAGCAGAGAUCAUGAUAGGUACUAUGAUCGAGAUCGCAGAUAUGAUCGCGAGCGUGACAGAGAUUCAGAGCGCUCCCGCAAUUAUGAUUCAAGAAGUUGCCGCAGGUCACGGUCGCGGUCAAGGGAACAUUCCAGGGAUUAUGAUCGCCACAGGCGUUAUGAUCGGUACUAGGUGAUCCUUGCCGUGGAGCAUGUGGAGAAAAGGGCGUUUGUGUUCUUGUAUAGGUCAGUUUUAAAACUCAUGUACCAAGAUAAAGUUACGGUUUUUCCAUUUGUUUUUUGCUGGAAUUGAGCUGUUUCUCCUGCGAUGGGUUUAAGGACUGGUGCUUAGUUUUUCUCAACUUCGUGUUUAAGAGGUAUGUUUGGGAGGUAUGUUUUACUUUGUUUUUAAGAUAUUGCUACUUGCAUGUUACUUAGAUAUUUGGCCAUAGAGGAGAGUGAUUUAAGUAGUCACUUGAGCUAUCUUCAGUUUGACUUCAGUAAGAAAGGAUGGGCUGGGUUCGAGCAUCCAUUAAUCAUCAUUUAGUGUAAUCCGUAUGGAGUGAUGGGGAAGGGUGGUGUAGGAACUUAACUUUACAUGAUAAUCAUAAAUCCUUGGAAGGAAGAGGUUUAGGAGUGAAGUUCUCGUUGGCACAAAAAUUGUCUUGUGCGGUUUGUGAUACGGUUUUGUUAUAUCAGUGAUCUUGUGCCGAAGCUUCUUGUGAACAUUAAAUGCGUCGGGGAAUGGUAGUUACAUGGUGUGGGCACCUGGUGAUGUAUAACCCAUAUCUUGCUUGAGGUGCUUUUGAAAUUUCGUGUAUAACGUUCUAGACCUAUUCUUGAGGAUGAAACCCCAUUUGGGCAAUGUUCUGGGAGCCCUUGUA